AUGGGUUUCUUCGAUAAACUGCAGUCGAGUAAGUUGCCGCUCUUCGUCUUCCUCUGCUUGCUUCCUACUACUACCGUACCUCUACCACCUUACUUCCGCGCAAGUCGUGAAACUAAUAUUAAUUCUUACAGAGAUUGAGGUAAACAAUCACCACUCCUGUCGUUUUUCGCCAUGCGCAUUUCCGGAUCAAGAGCUAAGCUUAUGCUAAUGGGAGUAUCGUCUAGCUAUUCAAACUGGAACAGAGGUACACUAAAAGAAAGAGACGGACUACCUUCAUCUCGGAGGCUCAGUACAUAGAGUGCGCUCCUCCCCCUCCCCCAAUACGACGCUUUCAAUCAUUGAACCUUGAACUGACGCCAUUUUUAGCGGUGAAUACGUUUACAAGAGCUACCACCCUAGCAGUCCCAGCAAAGGUUCCUUCCGCGUCAGCGAGUUUGGGACGGGCAGCACGCGCAGACCGUCGAACCAGAGCUGAUGCGCCUAUAACCACUCGAGGAGCCGACAACGCAGAGCGGGGAAGGGAGACGCAACGGGGGAGGGGGAGGGAGAAGUGGCCGCGUGCUAUGGACGACCAUGUUCGAUGA